CAGGAUGAAGCAGGUCGAGCAGCGAAAGCACGAACGAUUGCUGUUGUCGGUACUGCCACGCCACGUAGCGGCAGCUGUGCUGGAAGACUUUGGUGCGAUGGUAGAUGGGCAGUUCAAGAAAAUCUACAUCACUCGCUACGAGAAUGUAAGCAUCCUGUUUGCAGACAUCGUUGGAUUCACGGCCCUCAGCUCGACCUGCACGGCAGCUGAACUCGUAAAGAUCCUUAACGAACUGUUCGCUCGCUUCGACAAACUCGCAGAUCGAUAUCAUCAGCUACGGAUUAAGAUCUUAGGCGAUUGCUACUACUGCAUCAGCGGCGCUCCUGUACCCCGCACCGACCAUGCCGUGCUGUGCGUGCACAUGGGCCUCUCAAUGGUCAACGCCAUCAGGUACGUUCGUGAGAAGACAAAGACCGACGUCGAUAUGCGGGUAGGCAUCCACACUGGAGCCGUACUCGCCGGUAUACUCGGCCAGAAACAGUGGCAGUACGACGUAUACAGCAAAGAUGUGAUAUUCGCCAAUAAGAUGGAGAGCGGAGGCAUCGGAGGCCGUGUACACGUCUCUGACUCAACAUGUACAUUUUUGAACGGGGAAUUCCAACUCGAGGACGGAUACGGGGAAAUACGUGACGAAUCGAUAAAGAACGCCGGGGUGCGAACGUACCUGAUUUCCUCCGUCAUAAAGCCGCCCAAAGCUCAGGGAAAUCUCAGUAGAGGUUAUGUCAUGCUCAAGGUAGAUGUUAUGUCAUGCUUAGGUAGAGGUUAUGUCAUGCUUAAGGUAGAUGUUAUGUCAUGCUUAGGUAGAGGUUAUGUCAUGCUUAAGGUAGAUGUUAUGUCAUGCUUAGGUAGAGGUUAUGUCAUGCUCAGACUGUGUCGAGGUUGCGCGGUCACCGUGCCAGCCGUAUUCUGA